AGAAAUAUUUUAGUCCUCAGUUUCUGACACCCGUGUGGUAGAGAUAACAAUAUUAUUGCGUCCCGUCCUGUGCGAUAAGAAGGGACAUGUGCUCCUCCGGGCGUCUCGCGCUGGGUUCUAGAACUUUAUUCGGAUGUUUGUGUGCGUGAAAAGUGACGCUUUUUCUUCUUUUUUUUAUCACAAGAGCGAGCUCCACAGAGCGCUAACAUGAAGACAUCUUGGAAAUAAAUGGAAAAGAGAAAUCAUGUUCUGUGCUGACGGGCAAGAGGCUCCCACUGCUGAUGAUGGAAGGCACUGCUUCGGCAAGAGGGAGGACAUCAUCCAGGCCAAGCGAGUCGUCAAGCUGGUGAAUGGCAGGGACGUACUGGUUCUCUACCAUGAGGGAGAAUUCUAUGCCCUGGACGUUCGUUGCUACCAUUCCGGAGGUAAUCUGGGACUGGGAGACAUUGAGGAAUUUGGUGGGCGGCUAUGUAUUGUGUGCCCUUGGCACAAGUACAAGAUCACUCUGUUAGAAGGGGAAGGUAUGUACCAGCCUGUGGAUCCUGCAGUCAAGCCCCCGCGUCCAGGGCCCUGGCGCUCCAAGGGCGUGAAACAGAGGGUCCACUCUGUCACCGAGAGCGAUGGCUACAUCUACGUCACUUUAAAUCCUUCCACUGAGCCAAUUGAAUCAGACUGCUACCAGACAGACAAGUUCAGGGCUACACUUGUUAAAAUGCAAACCCAGAAGAAAAAGUGACAAAGAGGACUCGUUUGUCACGCCAUUGUUCAGUGGGGAAUUCUGACUUUGUGAUGUUAUUUGGGCCAAACACACCUUUUAAGUAGGCAGCUAAUGAUUGUGCAUGUCUGAACUGCAGAGCUUUGUCUCAGGGAUGGAGUGGAUGGCACAGCUGUCCUUUAUGCACCUGCACACAUUUGCGUCUCUUCCUUUUUA